AUGAACCCAACCCAGGACCUUCGCAAAGUGACAAGAUGGCUAGGAAGUCCCAUAGUCCAUAUCUACGUCGGCUUCUCAUCCCGAGAAUUCGCUGUCCAUAAAGAUCUCAUAUGUUACACCUCCCCCUUCUUCCGCGCCGCUUUCACAUCUGGAUUCCGAGAGACAAACACAGGAACCAUAGAACUCCCCGAAACGGAUACAGAAAUCUUUCUUUUAUUCAUGGGCGCGAGCCUGGAAAUCGGGGAGUGGGAGACAGAAGCAGAGCGAAAUGUAGUGGUUGAGAGUACGUUAGGUAUUGGAGAUCCUAUCGAGAGGAAUGGAAAGAGAAAUUACUCUGAAGACCCAUCGAAACGCGAUGAUAAAGUCAAGAGAAAAAUCCAGGCACUGAUGAACGCUCUCGAGAACGAAACGUGGAAAGGCGAGGCGGAGACACUUUUCGAAGAUGCGGUCGGAAAAGAAUUCCUCGACACUCUCGCUGCGCAAAUCGACAUGAAAGCAAACAAUAAAAUUCACAUUUCCAUGAGAAAAAUGCUAGAACUCUAUGUUUUCGCGGAUAUGGUUCAGAUACCCGCUCUUAAGAAUUGCUGUAUCGGAAAGUACGAUGAGCUUCGUAGGGGUAUCAAAAAUAAACAUGAUCGUCAUGAUCAUGAUGAUUUUGAGAUGACUCUCGAAUCAAUCUCAUACGUGUGGAAAAAUACGAGGAAUUCGGAUUUGAUUAGGGUGUAUUUACUUGAUUCGAUAUCGUGGAGAUCGGAACCGAGUAUUCGGGAGGGAGUCAUUAGGAAGAGGGAUCGCGGUAGUCCGGUGGAUGAUUUGGAGAGGUAUUUUGAGAGGGUAGAUGAAGAUUCCAAUUUUUAG